AUGAAACUCUGUAAUGGCUGUCACAGUUUGAAGACAUAGGUUGGGAUGAUCUUUGUCAGAGUGAUGACCAUAUAGUGCCUCGUCCUUUGGAAGAUGAUUCUCUCUUGCGUGAUAGCUCCAAGAAACUUCACUUUGAAGAAAUAAAUAUUGCAUAUAACACCGAGGACAGACAAUCUGCUGGACAUGUUGAUCAAGGAAUUGAAGAAGGAAAGUUUUCAUUAUUGAGUAAAAGGAAGUACAGAAUGUCGGAAAGAGAUUCUACACCGGGGGCACCAAGUGGUAUAUUCUCUUCCUCAACAGAUGCUGAAUCGACCAAAGAAGCAUCUGGUUUAGCUUCUGAGAAAACCACAUCCUCAACUAAUGUUCAUGAAAGUAGUAAUGCGGAUACUCAUGGUAAUCAAUUUUGUGUUGAUGGUACCGUUGUUGGUGUUGGGACCACUGGCUUUAAAACCAACUCCUCCACUGAUCCUCUUGGUGACAUAACUCAUGCUGGCAACAAUCUCAAUUUCUUUGAAAAUGAUGAAGUCAAAGAUUCAAGUGAUUUCUUUAAUUUUGGUUGGCCUGAAAUAGAGAACUUUGAAGACGUUGACAGGAUAUUUAGGAGUUGUGACUCAACAUUUGGACUUGGGGCCAGUAGAGAGGAUGAAUUUCCUUGGUAUUCAGCAUCAGAUAACAUAGGAGGCACUGGAGAACUUGUCAAUUCAGACGUGAAAUUUCCAUCACCUGAGUUGAAUUCUCUGGAAAAUAUCUCAUCAAACCAUGGUUUUCUAAAGGCCCAUUCUUCAAAUGAUGGUGCCGUGAUGGGUGCACCUAUCAGGCUUAGAGACAAUUCCUGGAUCUCAGAGAAACCUGAUUCUUACGUGUCUUUUUCGGAUGGACCUGCUAUUGCAAAUGGCGAGCAAGAGUUUACACCUAGAUCACAUCUGAACGGGCACCAGAAGCAGGUGAAACAGAACCAGUCCAGUGGAAAAAUAAAAGAGCAUAAUUAUGGACAUGGUACAAGUAAACUUCCGGACGAGAUAGUGCAAUCCCCUUCUAGGGCCAAGUCUCAUCAAGCUUUCUCAUUCCAGCAACAACCGAAAAAUGUUUUGCCUACAGAAUCCUGUAAUUAUUUACAAAAUCACCUUUCGUAUGUGCAUCCAGAUAACAGUCAUUCAUCUGAUCUGACAUCACUAAAUCCAACACCUUCUGCUGUCAAAACCGAGGCAAAUGAGUUGACAUCUUCAUCAACCAGAGAUUCUUCCCAUACAUCAAAUCUGUUACCAUCUGUCGAUGGCUCUCAUGACCAUCCUCUUCCUCCGCCAGUUCCAACAGGAACUGGAAAAGGAGUAAAGCUACAUAGUCGUCAUGGUAGUCAAUCUUUGGCCAACAGCAAUAUAAAGCCUGCAAGCUUAGUGGUGCAAGCCACCUCAAGCGAUCCUGGUUCUCUGACAGAAGAAGCCCAUUAUGCCAGAGAUAAGUCAGACAAUCAUAAUGAUUCGGCAGAAGUCUGCCACUUUGUUCCAGCAGAAUUAGGAUUCUCAAAUGCUCAAGAAAGCUCAACAAGUUCUGACAUGGAUGAUGUUUCUCUGGAAGCAGCUAGUUUUCGCCAGCUUCAGCUUGUUAUGGAGAAGUUGGAUUUGAGAACAAAGAUAUGCAUAAGAGACAGUUUGUACCGUCUCGCUCGGAGUGCUGAACAAAGGCACAGCCAUGCAAACUCAAACAGCAGCUUCGAUGAUGGAAGAGAUGCCUCUGGAACAUUAGUAACUGAAGGAGAAAAAAGCUUCAUGGAUAUCGAAACAAAUACAAAUCCCGUUGAUCGUUCAGUAGCACACUUGCUGUUUCACAGACCUUCCGAGUCAUCCCCUGCGCCUGCCCAGGAUUCAUUACCAUUCAAGUCACCAAGCAUGUAGGUACGUGGAUCCGACACAAGUAGACCUGCAUUGAAGACCUUGAUGGACAGUGAAGAGGCAGAUGUUACACAAAGGUCUCUGACCACUGACUGCAAACAAUUACCCUCACAGAGAUGAGAGCAUUUGAGUGGAUUUUAAAGUUUUUGUAUUAAGAAUUUUGCUUGCUUAUAUAGUCUUGUAAAGUAAAAAAAAUCUAAUUUCAACUGGUCUAGAGCUAGUGCUCAUCUUUCUUUUUUGAUCAUGGGAGAACUUCCAUGGUCUAACACUGCUGCCCUAACUGUGAUUGUAGUGAGUUGAAGAGAAAUAUACAGUUGAAAGCAAUUUCAAAUAUUAGGUUUCUUGUGAUUUAUUGA